AUGAGAAGAAUUGGAUUGCUUAUGGUUCUUAUCAAAUCCUUUCGCAUUGGCAUUUUUCAUGAACUUCUUGAACUACCUAGUGAUCAAUAUGUACAUGGUUUCUUGCUGAAAAUCUUUUUGUCCAUUUGUUAUUUCAGUUCAGAGGAUCCACAUCAAGACAUCAAAGCACUCUUGGCAAGAUUCAGUGGUAACCCUGAGUCUGAGUCCCAAUUAAAAUUGCUUUUACCUCGUAUAGUUUCAUCUUUCGGUGCAAGUAAAUCAGUUAAUGAGACAAUUGAGGAACUGAAAAAGCAUCAGCUGAGUGGUGAAGCAGCUGUGGUAGAGUGGGCUAAUGAAGCCCUUCAAGGUCUUGGAAAAGGUGCCCCUUUUUCGCUUUGCUUAACACAAAAUUAUUUCUCUAAAGUUGCCUCUGCACAUGGAAAAACUGGCAAUGAAUUGUCCACACUAAGCGCUGUGAUGAAAACCGAAUAUCGCAUUGCCAUAAGGUCUUCUCUACGAAAUGAUUUUGCUGAAGGUGUCCGGGCAGUUUUGGUGGACAAGGAUUAG